AUGAUCACCUCCAUAGAUGUGGUGCACGAACUGCUGACGACGAUAUACAGCAGUAUAUUUUCGCAAAGGAGCAAAGACAUCCUCAAGUACGACGUGUUGCUCUACCUGGACGAUCACUACUAUUUUGAUAUAAUCCGAAAAGUGAGCGAAGAUAUAAAGGAGUUAGAUCCCGACGCAUGUGUCCUACAAAGGGAGGAUGACUUUAACAAAAUUUUCAUGCAAUUUAAUGAGAGCAGGAAUUACAUCGUUAAAGAUAAAGUAUAUGAAAAUGAGAACGAACGCAGGAUAGACUUUCUGCACGAGGUGCUUGCCGAUUUGUUGUGUUUGCUAUAUGAGAAAGGAAAAAAUGGCUUCAAGGAUGUGAGGGUCAUUACGAAGAGGGGACGACACACAGAUAAGGAAAACACUAAGUGGGAAAAAAUAAAAGAGGAGUUAGUUCAGAUUGAAAAGUUACAUGGAGAGCAGAGAAAGGAAGCUACAUCAGAACCCCCACUCAUGGCCAUGUUAAGUAGCAACCCAAAGGGAAAUUUGGACGAGACGUACAUCAGGCAAGUCCUGAGCAUCCCAAAGGAGCACUUCCAAAAUGAAGAUAUUAUAAUAAAGCAAAGCCUAGACAAAGAGACAGAAAAAAAGAUAAACGAACUGUUGGAACAUCUUAAUUUAGAAUACGAGAUGAGAUACUACUACCUCUUUCUAAAUCACUACCUGACUAUGCAGACAUUGUUCAUGUCCCCAUUAAUUGACUUAACCUCUGAGGAAUUGAAAAAGAUUAUAAAUAGAAUUGUACACAUUAAAAGAAUGACCUACCAACCUGUUACUAUAUACGAUGUGCUUUCAUUUCAGUACAGCAACAUUGCAUUUUUUAAGUCUUCUCACGACAACUUGGCUUCUCCAGUGAAGAAGGUACAACUUGUAGGGGAGACCAUCGAACGUGGUGGCAUACCCACUACGUUUUCGAAGAAGGUGAUCAUGAAAGAUGUAAUCAGUGCGAACAUAUCUCUUAAGGAGAAGUACAACAAGGUGAAGCGCCACAAUGAGGGGAAUUUCGGGGGGAGAUACAAGGCUCGCAAUUAUUACGACAACUCCAGGAGGUAA